AUGACUUCUAAGGGCCCAAGUAUAGCACCUAGACUGCAUAGUUUGGCACCAUCGCCUAUACCUAUUGCUAAUACACCGCCUUCGGCGGACAGCCCACCACAGUUCUUGCGAACAGGGGCACCCCAGGUGAAGAAAACGCUGCUCGGAGACACGUCCGGUGGAACAGGGGUGACACAGAUUAUAACGUCCAAAGAAUGGGUGUUGCCUCCUAGACCCAAGCCGGGAAGAAAGCCCAGUAUUGAUACACCGGCGUCGAAACGGAAAGCGCAGAAUAGAGCAGCUCAACGAGCAUUCAGGGAAAGACGGGCAGGCAGAGUACAGGAGUUGGAAGAGAAGUUGAUGGAUGUGGAGAAGGAAAGAGAUGUCAAGGAGAUGGGUUUGGUUAAUACUAUUAAUAAGUUGAAAGUGGAGAAUCAGUUUUUACUUAAAAGCAUAGAUCAGUUGAGAAACGACAUGAAUGCGUUCAAAAAUGCCAACGGGGGCAGUAGUCAAGCUAAUACCCAACAGAACACGAUGGUCUCGCAAUACAACACGAUAUCACACUUCAAAUCGAAUCCAUCACCAAACAGCCGUUCUACUGGGUCUCCAUCGGGAUCCUCGUCCUAUUCUGUGCAGCAGAUAUCGCCAGCACCAUCUGCAGACUCACCGCCAGUAUUUACUAACGUUUCUGCAUACCAUAGUUUGUCUACAUCUGCUUCGAAUAAUAAUUCACCAGAUAAGCUAGCCGCGAAUGAUAACACCUCUAGUUCAUUCGAUUGCGGUGUGUGCGUUAAAGAAGAAUGUCUCUGUGAGACCGUGGGAUUGAAAGACCCAGAGCCAACAAAGAAAAUAUCGUUAGAGGAGACGAUCAAGGAGUUCAAGCCCAUGCCUGCCGUGUCGUUACGCAAUAAGAAGAGAAAAUUUACGGACCUGGUGUCUAAAGAGAUUGAUUUCACAAAAAAGUUCUCGACCAGCAAACCAAUGCCAGAUUUGAAAAAAUUAAAGAAGCAAUCUGAUAACAACACUAUGCUUGCCAAGAAGACAAAAAAUAUUUCUGAACCAAGCACGCAAUUCGACGAGUCAUCUCCAGUGGAUAAUUGUGGAUUCUGUACUGAUGACACUCCUUGUGUUUGUCGUGAGGCAGCCAAAGAGGCAGCUAGAUUCAAUGACUCGUUGAAUGCAGAACAAGAAGAAUCCAAUGAUGCAGCAACGUCGUUACCACCAAUUCAAUUGAAUACGAACAAUUUCCGUAAGAGCUCCUUACCAGUUAUGCACCCAGGACCAUCGGUUGAGAUUCGUGAGAUUACGAACUUAUCGCCUGGAGCAGUUCCAACUGUUGUUGCACCAACUACUAGAAUGAAUGCGUCGGUCUUCUCGAAUGAGACUCCCGACAAGGAAUUCUCGGCUGAGCCUGAAAAGAACGCAGGAGGAUGCACUGGUAAUCCCGGAACUUGUGAGCAAUGUCAAAUGGACCCAAUGUCUACUUUAUUUUGUACGACUGUCGCAAACAAGGAAAAGGACGAAGAGAAAUCAAGAUCUAAUUCCUAUGGCGCAGAGUCAAACUCGCCGCCAUCUCUGAAAGAAUCGAAUUCUUCCCAGAUAUCAAGACUGAGUUCAAAAACCAGCUUGCCAUCAAUUUCGGUCACCAAUUCCAAUUCUAUUUCUCCAGAAAGAAAUGAUAUAUUUAUUCCUUGCUCUGACGCAUAUCGUACUUUGUCAAGACACAAGAAAUUUAACUCGGUUGAUUUCAGCACUUUGGUUGGUAAAUUGACUACAAGAGGAAUGCAAGUAGAAGUCCAAUCUGUUGCAAACGUCCUUCGUGAAUUAGAUAGAAGGGUUUACAAUUAG